UACUAGCACCAAGCUCAACCCUCACAUGGCCUGUCCGGCGUCACCGACUAAUCACGUGUCUCUGCGCGGGAUUGGCUAAACCAUUGGCGUUACGUCAGCAUCUAACUGUUCUGUGCACGACCCGCUUAUUAUCUGGCUACGUAAAUGAACGUCAUGGAUGCCUUCAGUACACGAUUUUUAAACCUAGGACUGGCGGACUUCUGCUACCAGGAGUGAGCAUUUUCUCUUAAGAUAAAGGUGCUGACAGGUGAGUAAACUGUACGGAGUUCCACAUUUGAAGGAUAACUGAACAGUUUUAGUCUGAGCCUCGUCUCCCUUUUUUCUAAUAUGGCAGAGUCAGUUUUGUUAAAUCUUUUGUGGAAGUCGUACAGUCAGUGAAUGGCGAGUUUCCAUUUGGAUUUAUAACAGGUUCACGUUUUUCCACUGAACAGCGCAAGCAUUGUAUUACAUAAUGGUGUUGGGGGUGGGCUUGUACAGUCUGCCAUAGCGUCUUAUCAAUUUCCUUCUGCUGCAGGCUCGUCAGCAUGUGCAUGCUGUUAUGUUUGCACAGAAUAUAUCAGAAAAGCACAUGAUGAUGAAAAAUAGACUAUUCUUGAAUGCAUUAUUGUCCAUUCUUGCAACUUUUCAAAGCUGACCGACUUACAAGUCGUUAACUUGCAGUCUUUUUUUUUUUUUUUUAACGUCAUUCACCAUACAGUACACUGUUAUGCUAAAUAGACUGUAUCAGCCAAGCCUUGCUUUAGUCAUGCGGGUGGUAUUCAUAUUAUGCUCUCCUCCAGAAAUGACAGAAAUGUUUGAUUUUAUGAAAAUUUAUUGUAAUAGAUUUUUUUUCCUCUUGCAACGUGUUUCCUUGAUGUUCUAAACCACAAAUUGCACAGAUGAUUUACCAACCAAGACUGACUUAUUCCAAUUCUGUGUGAACCUGCACCUUAAAUUCUGGCAUCAUUAUAAUCCUCAAAAUACAAAUUUAAAGACUUUACAAACUUCAAAUACAGUUGAUGGGUUUCUUGUAUAAAAAAAAUUAAAUAGCCACAUAAUACAAAUGUAUAUUUUGUGACUACUUGGAGUAUACAUUUUGUGUAGAUCUAUAAUUUCAAGAAGAACUAGAGCAUAUUGUACAGUCAUCGAUUUAGAAAAAAAGAAAAAGGUCUUCUGAACCUACUUACUUUGUUUCCAGAAGAGCUACCUCUGUUACAAGUUAAGCUGGUUGAAAGCAGUGGGAAAUAUUUUUUCACACAUUAUUAUAAUCACAAGAACUGCCACAAGGGAUGUUUCCUUUAUGCAAUAUGUAAAAGAAGCGACACUUCCUUCCUUGUAUUUCACCCAACCUAUGUCUUUAUGGAGACUUCUAUUUUGGAAGAAGAAAAUGAGUUGUUAAAGACACAUGGACAUGAGACGGAGCAUAAAAUUGCAAUUUGGCAGUGUAUUUUUUACAAAGACCACUCUAGAAAUGAUAUCUAACCAUUUAGGAGGUGGUGAAAGACUGAAAAAAUGAAAAAUGUUUUAGGUUGUAACAUUCCAGGCCACUAAGCUUCCAGGACUGGAUGAUGAGGUAGGUCUUUUGCAAUUUCAGUAUUCGUAUUUACUUUACCUUCAAUACUUUCCACAAAGAAUUUGUUAUUAUGAACAUUUGUUUCUCAAAAAUGUGAUUUUAGUCUUAGUGGGGUUUUCUUUUCAUUCUGAGAUUUUAUUGUUGUUCACUCUAGUUCUGAUUAGAUACAUUUGGAUGUGCUGUGUCACUCUUGUUUACAGUUAGGUCCAUGAGUUCUUUAAACAAAGUUUUUUUAAUGGUUAUUCUGCAUACCACCACAGUGGAUUUUAAAUUAGAUAAUCAAGAUGUGAUUGAAAUGCAGACUUUCUUUAAUGCAAGGGAUGUAACAGAACAAUUUUUGCCCACUAUUUACGAAUCACAACCAUUUUUAUAAAUAUUCCCUCAUUUUAGGAGGCUCACAAUUAAUUGAACAGUUGACCGGGAUGUAAUUUCAUGGCCAGUUUCAGAAUGUUAAAAGAACAGGAACCUUAUGGAGAGCAUAACACCCAUAGCGCUUCGAAGAAUGCCAAGGAUAAGAGUAACAGUGCCACCUUGUGGGCAUCUCAGGGUGGCACUCACAGGGUGCAGUCUGGAAUGGGUGACAAGAGCACCUGCAUGCUCUACUGUGACUCAGAGAAGGACUCAGAAAAAGACUCAGGGUACUCAGAGGCUGGCUCCGACUCUGUGCACACUGAUGUAGAUGAUCAACGCAGCAGUGUGAACGAAUCUCACAGGGAAAGCAGAAAAUGCUCAAACAAUAACAAUGCAAAUCCUGCAGGCCCUGACAUGACUUCUUAUGAGAAUAUCCCCCCAGUUUGCCUGGUGCUCAAGCCGUCUGGAUCAGGGCAGCUUCUACAUGGCCCUCUGGGAUGGGGUGGAAGUUGGCAUAGCCUUACCAGUGGUAAAACACCCACUCAAGUAUUUCUGAUCCAACAGCCAACAAUUUAUGCCACCUCCUCCUGUGCCCCCACACCUUCUUUCUGUCUACCUCCACCACAAGGUCAGUUUAAAGAAGGAAGCAGCUGCAGCAACCAGAACCAUAGCAAGAACUCGUAUCUGCCCAUCCUGAAUUCUUACCCUCAUAUUGCCCCUCACCCCAGGAAGAAAAUCCAUGAGGGAAAAGGUAUCAGAGUAGAUGGUGUUAAAGAGCUUUGCAGUGAAGGCCAAAGCCAGAGCAAGAGAGCAUGCAUUGAGGAAGAGAAGAGGGAAGCUGUAUCUACUACUAUUCCCCUCCUGCAGCAGCAACAGAAAGAUGACAAAGUCCAUUUCCAGCAUAAAGUCAGAGGAGGACAUCCUCCUCCUAUCCUCAGCUUAUCUCACUGCCUGCUGCCCAGUUAUGCCUCAUCUAAAACCCAACACAAGUCCCGCCACUGUCACAAAAACUCCAGCUCUGAAAAUUUAGGCUCACUGUCCAUCUUGAGCUCCCACAUACCCUCUUCACCUUCUUCCUUUUCUCCCCUAUCCUCCUCUCCUUCCUCUUCAUCUCCCACUUCUUCAACAGCUCACAGUCCAUAUCACCUAGCUCUAGACAGCUCUUCCACACGCCAGCGCCGUUUCCACAACACAGCAGAAAUUCUCAACCAGUUGGGCCUGCUGGCUAUUACACUAUGCACCAAGGAGCUGCUAAAGCAGAAUGUUGCUAUAGAGACAGAAAUUACCCAGCUACGUCAGCACACCCACCUCUUAUCCCAGGCCAGCCAAAACAGCGGCACUGAAGUCUCACAUAGCCUUGACAAACUCUUCCAAAUUAUGAGAGAAUCAGGCGCCUACCCGAACUUGGUGCUUUCAGAUGAUGAAAGUCUCAGCAGCAGCCACCAAAAGAGGAAGACUAUAAGACUGCAAGACUACACAGAGGAUAACACAGAAACCUCUAAAAUGCAAAGUAGCCUACCACAGGUUGUGUCUAUACACAACAUGAAUGAUGGAACAUCACUGCCCUCUCCCUUGUUUGCCCCUUCACCGGAUACAAAAGAAGCAGACCAUGCUUACAGUUCAGAGCUCAUGUCCCUGUCUCUCUUUUUCUAGAUCUGUUCAUAAACAAGGACACAAUGAGUCAGUCAUGGAAAAGGACUUAAGUGAUUUUACUGUUUUUCCAGAAACUUCAACACAUAGCAACUAUCUCCUCUACAAUCUUGGUGAAGAGGAGGAUGUGUUAUAGAAACAUGUGCAACCUAGCAAUACAAGAAAGCAUUUGAUUGAAUUGAAAACUAAUGAAAAAUGGUCAUAGAAAGGGUGAUUUUUACUGAUAUAUAUAUAUAUAUAUAUAUACACACAACUUAAUGUUGAACACGAUUUAGAUAUUUUCCUACAUUUUGUCAGGGAUUUGUUCAUUCCAGGUGACCAUUUUUCAUCAAUAGUUUUACCUUAUGUGCACAGGCCUUAUAUGUUCAGUCAGGCACCUACAGCAUGUUAAAAAACAAACAGAAGCA